CCUCUAAUAAUAUUGCUUUUUCGACAAUGGCUGGCCCUGAGGAGGAUUCUCAGGGGACGAAGAGGAUCGCGAUCAUCGCGGUCUCUUCUUGCCUCUUGGUGGCUAUGGUGAUCGCGGUGACGGUUGGGGUCAGCAUUAACGAUGAAAACGGCUCGGAUGGAUCGACCACAAAUGGGAACAAAAAUGCUCAGAUCUCUUCCUCCAAAAAGGCAAUCGAACUAAUUUGCGAACCAACAGAGUUCAAGGGUACAUGUCAAGAACAACUCGAGGAAGAGGCCGGAAAUAAGACGGAUGUUAAAGACCUGGUCCGAGCAGCGUUUAAGGCCACGAUGAAGCAUGUGAGUCGAGCUGUGGAGAAUUCUACGCACCUGAGGGAACUUGAGAAAGAUCCAGGGACCAAAAGUGCCUUAGAUGCAUGCAAAAUUCUGUUGAAUUAUACUGUAGUUGAACUUGAAAAGUCAUUUGAUCUAGUUGAGAGGCUAGAUGUAACCAACGUUAAGAGACUGUUGGCUGAUUUGAAGAUCUGGUUGAGUGCUACCAUUGCUAACCAACAAGCUUGUUUAGAUGGCUUCAAAAAAACAAAAUCCAAAUCGCAUGCUUUCAGAAAAAUGAAGAUGUUCUUGAAUAUCACCAUGCAACUCAGCAGAAAUGGCCUUGCAAUCGCAUGUGAGUUAGAAGACCAGCUUCAGCAUUUGGAGGAUGCUGGAGUCUUUACCCGCCGUAGACUACUUCAAGAUGAUGAUGAUAGACUUCCGGUUCUAGGCCAUUCUGAUUGGACUUCUUUUAGAGAGAAGAAUGAAGCAUGGAAUCGUCGUCGGUUACUGCAAGAUGAGGAUAUGCUUCCCGUUCUAGGUCAUUCCGAUUGGACUUCAUUUAGAGAAAAGAAUGAAGCAUGGAAUCGCCGCCGAUUGUUCCAAGAUGAUGAUAAACUUCCGGUUCUCGGACAUUCCGAUUGGACUUCCUUUAGAGAAAAGAAUAGAGCAUGGAAUCGUCGUCGGUUACUACAAGAUGAUGAUAGACUUCCGGUUCUCGGACAUUCCGAUUGGACGUCAUUUAGAGAAAAGAAUGAAGCAUGGAAUCGUCGUCGGUUACUACAAGAUGAUGAUGGACUUCCGGUUCUCGGACAUUCCGAUUGGACUUCGUUUAGAGAAAAGAAUGAAGCAUGGAAUCGCCGUCGAUUACUCCAAGAUGAAGAUGGACUUCCUGUUCUCGGACAUUCUGAUUGGACUUCAUUUAGAGAAAAGAAUGAAGCAUGGAAUCGUCGCCUGCUACUUGAAGAUAUUGAACAACGUAUGCCACAAAGUGCUCGGAGACUGUUGUCAACUGACUUGAAGCCCGACCUUGUUGUGGCCAAGGACGGCAGUGGAGACUGCAAAACACUAAAUGAAGCUAAACAAAAAAUCCCCCGCAGAUCCACCAAGCCUUAUGUCGUAUACGUCAAGGAAGGAGUUUACGCCGAGAAUGUGGAAAUCACUUCCGAUAUUACACAUUUAGCACUGGUCGGAGAUGGUAAAGAGAAAACUCGAAUCACCGGAAGUAUCAGCACCGGUCCAGAUGGAAAUCCCACUACCUACUUCACUGCUACAUUCGGUAUUGACGGAAACAACUUCGUUGCCAAAAACAUUGCGUUCGAGAACACAGCAGGGCCACUGAAAGCGCAAGCGGUGGCGGUGAGGGUACAAUCGGAAGAUUCGGUGUUCUUCAAUUGCUCCAUAGAUGGUUACCAAGACACACUUUACGCUUUCACCAAACGACAGUUCUAUCGGGACUGCACCAUCUCUGGAACAAUCGAUUUCGUAUUCGGUGAUGCAUCCGUUAUUUUCCAGAACUGCACAUUCCUCGUCCGAAAGCCACAAAAUGGUCAACAAAACGUUAUUACAGCGUCAAAGAGAAGCGACCAUAAAGAACCCACGGGGAUUGUGAUCCACGGCGGCCAAAUCCUUCCAGCUCCUGAGCUUGCUCCGGUGAAGGGCCAAUUCCCAGUAUACCUUGGUCGUCCGUGGGGGAGUCUAUCAACAGCAGUUAUAAUGGAAACUUACAUCGACGAUAUGGUGCACCCAGAAGGUUGGACAAGCUGGGAAUCCAGUUCGGGUACCCAAACUUGCACAUACCUUGAAUUCAAAAACCGAGGUCCUGGUGCUUCCACAAACAACCGUGUUAAAUGGCCUGGAGUUAAGAUUCUUUCGGAGAAUGACGCUGCUAAAUACCUUCCACCCAAGUUCUUCGCCAUUGGUGACGAUUGGAUCAAGGAAACUGGAAUUCCGUACACCGCAACCUUUGACGUUUCGAAUGAAGCCGAGGGAGAAAAGGCUGGUGUGGACUUGGAGAAACAAAAGCUAGGACAACAACUGGAAAAGCAGAAGGAGAAGUACGAGAAAGAGCAAAAGAAAGAGGAGAAAAAGAAGAAUAAGGAUAUGAAGAAGCAAAAGAACAAGAAUAAGCAUAAGCAUAAGAAUAAGAAUAAGGCCAUAAAGAAUGAUGCUUAAUUUCCUCGUAUAUCUGCGGUCUUAUAUAUUAAAAUGAUUGCUACAAAGUG